CGACGUUGCACCAGCGCGGCGUCUGUGACUUUUUAGGCCUUCCCUUUCAUCUUUUUCGUAUUUGCUCAGUAGGCAGCAAUUUUCUGUUUGAACAUCAUGGAAGACCAAGUGCCAGAAGUUCCGCUUGCAUUCAUUUCCAAUGCUUACCUCGAGAAGAAGAUAGCUCAGCACCGACAAAAGUCCAUUCUCUGGGAGGGUUAUGAACGGGCCAACGUCAUUAACCACAGCCAAGUCGAGCUUAUCAAAGCACUCGAUAAGAAACCAGCCGACCAAGUCCAAUCCACAGUUCAACAAAACGGCGAACAGUGUGCUUUACUCAUUCUGCAUUUGCUGCAAAACAUUUCUCGUCCCGAUACUGUACAAUACGUUUGCAUCCUGGCCGACGAUAUCCUCUCUGGCCAUGAAGACAAUGCACGCUACUUUCACGCGACAGCUGCUCAAAACUCGGAUUAUCCUUUCAAGCCAUUUUUCAGAGCGAUGCAUAUGGACGAUGAAGUCACUUCUCUCGAAGCUAGCAAAGUAUUGACCAUUUUAUCCUGCUCGGCCCCUAUACCAUCCUCUUUAGAUCUUUCGGACUUGUACAAAUGGAUCACAUUGCAACUGGCAAGUGAACGUAUGGAUAUAGUCGAUAUUGCCGUCCAGGAAGUCGCUUCGUUGCUGCGUGUACGACAAUUUAGACUUCCAUUCUGGAAGACCCACGGGGCUAUCAAAGAGCUCGUUCGUCGAUUGGAAAAAUCCGCUUCCCCUCAGAUGCAAUACCAAGUCAUUUUCUGUCUGUGGUUACUCACAUUUGAACCCGAAAUUGCAUCGAAAUUGAACGAACAAUAUGACGUAGUUCCCUUGUUGAUCGAUAUCGCCAAGGCCGCCGUCAAAGAAAAAGUCAUUCGCGUGGCAAUCGCUACACUCAAGAAUUUGGUUGAACUGGCUCCUGCCGAGAACCUGGCGGCGAUGCUUGUGGCCAAAUUACUUCCAUUCACCGAGAAUCUGGCGGCGCGUAAAUGGUCGGAUGCCGACAUCGUGGAAGAUGUGGAAUACGUCAAGGAACGACUGCAAGAAAGUUUCCAAAGCCUGACCACCUUUGAACAAUACGCUUCCGAAGUGGAAACAGGCAAACUCGAAUGGUCCCCUCCUCACAAAUCAGAAGCGUUCUGGAAAGAAAACAGCAGCCGACUCGACGAAAACAACUACAGUUUACUCAGAGCGCUUGCUCGUAUCUUGAGUACAUCCACCAAUCCUACGGUGCUUGCUAUCGCUUGUAACGAUAUUGGACAAUAUACCAAAUACUCGUCGAAAGUUGGCAAAAGAGUCUUGCAAGAUAUCGGUGCAAAGCAACGCGUUAUGGAGCUCAUGACACAUGAAGAUCAAGAUGUCCGAUACCAAGCUCUGUCGGCAGUGCAAAAAUACAUGCAUCAAGCAUGGUAAGAAUCUCGUUUGAUUCUAUAUAACCAUGCCUCACUGAACUAACGUAAACCGUGUUGAAUGGAUCUUAGGGAAUUCUAAAGUAACGACGAGUUGAAUAAAAAUCACGAAAACAUUUUACCAUAAGCAGUUUUUCUGCUUCGUAUCCAUU